UACAUAUAUAUAUAUAUAUAUAUAUGCUAUGAUAUGUUGGCCAGUAGUAGUGGUCAGAAUUGGUGGUCAACAGUAUCGGUUGUUACGGCGGCCGUCAAUAAUAAUCGUAACCAAUGUAUGGAUCAAUUCAUCGCCGAAAAGUCAUCACCGAUUGACGCCACCACUGUUGGACACCAACCAUAACGAUGAUGACCACCAAUACCGCCACCGCCGCAGCCGACGGGAGCCACAGAAUCAGCAGCAGCUGGUCGUUGAUCUUAGUUUCGAUGCCGACAUGACUCGACCAGAGUGUUACCGAUUGGCCCGUGAUUUGCUGGAAAUCUAUAGAUUGAAUAGCUCGGCCGCACCCGAAGCUAACAUUGUGGUCAACUUGUGUUGCGGUAAUUAUGGCCAAUCAAUGUCCACCAAUAAUAAUAACAACAGUAUAACACUAGACUAUUUGCGUCAGUAUUUACCGAAAAUGGAUGUCAACGGCUUCGGUGACCACUUUCGUGUUUAUCCGCAGUCAUCGUAUCGGCAAUUGUUUCCAACCGAACGUCUUGUCUAUUUGACGGCCGACUCCGCGGACACUGUCGACUACAAUACUACCGAUAUCUACAUAAUUGGCGGACUGGUUGAGAAACGAUUGUUCAAAAAGCCGUCCAAUCGGCGAACACUAUUGAAAGCCCGGGCCGAAGGUCUCAGAUCGGGUCGAUUGCCUAUCGAUGACCUAAUCGGCCGACAUAUGACCAGUUCUUGUAUACUGUUUUUGCCUCAAAUCUACUCAAUAUUACGUGACGUAAAACUUGGGUCCGAUUGGGAACAAGCGGUCCGGCGAUAUGUUCCGCACUGGAAGUUAACGGCAGAAAAAACAUUACCGUCCGGUAUAUAAACACUUGACAUACAUAAGCAUAGUUGAGG